AUGCCCCCCAACGAUUACUUCCACCAGCAAGAUGCUCUACCGAUGGCCAAAACUCUCCUUCUCUCGCAGUAUGCCCAUAACGAAGCGGCAGGUUUCUGCCAUGGCUACUCCCUGGCACGGCACGACGCAGAAAGCGAGGCCAACAAGGGAGGCCACGAAGCCAGACAGGACUGGAUCAAGCACAUUGGUUGCGGACCUGUUGGUGAGUACGGCGGCUGCAACCCUGCUGACGGCCAUUUCUGUGCUCUGGUUCUGCCAAUGUGCAAGCCGGAGCGGUUGAGAUUGGUUUCUUAUCUUCUCGAAUGUACGUUCUCACUGUCACUCACACCUGUUGAUCAACCUGACAAGUUUAGACGCCUUCCUCCACGACACCGUCGUAGAAGGAGUCUCAGCUGUAAACCCCACACCCCACGCACCCCUUCCCCAUCCAUGCUAACCCCCCUAUCCCAGCCCACAAACCCCAACGGCACCACGACCCCCCACCCCGACGCCUUCACCCUCGGCCGACGUAACGACAUCGAAUCCGGCCGCAAACACCUCCAAGCCAAAACAAUGAGGCAGCUCCUCUCCACCGAUAAACCCUGCGCCGAACGCAUCAUCCAAACCUGGAAAGCCAUGCUCGCCACCACCCUUAAGCAGAAAUCAAAACACUUCUUCAACCUCGAGGAGUACCUCACCUUUCGCAUCGUCGACACCGGUGCGACCUUUGUCGAAGCCACAAUGCUUUUUGGUAUGGGGCUUAUCCUGCCUAAGCAUGAUAAAGCCAAACUUGAUGAGGUUACACGGCCGUGUUUUGCUAGUUUGGCGCUGGCGAAUGAUUAUUUUAGCUUUGAUAGGGAGUAUGCUGAGUUUUGCUGUGGGGAGAAGAGGAAUAAAGAGGAGAGUAGGUUGGUCAACGCGGUGUGGUUAUGUAUGAAUUGGUAUGGGGUGGCGGUGGAGGUUGCGAAGGGGAUGGUGAGGGAGGCGUGUAAUGGGUAUGCGAAGGAGUUUUUGAGACGGUCAGAAGAGUUUCUGAGGGGAUGUGAGGGGGAUCGGAGUGAGAAGGAUGUGUGGGAGAGGUAUUUUAGGGGGUUGAAGCAUCAGGUGAGUGGGAAUGUGGUUUGGAGUUUGAGGUGCCCGAGGUAUCAUUCUGAUGAGAGGGGGUUUGAUCCUAAUGCUGGGGUGGAGGAUGCGGUUACGGCUGAGAUGAGGAGGGGUUUUCUUGCUGGGAAGCAGGAGGAAGAGCAGAAGGAAAGUGAUUGGUGGCAACAAGGGUUGGAGGUCACGUCUCCUGGGGUUGAGGUUGCGAUGUAA